AUGGCAAACGUACGUGUACUAACAGAGCAUUAGUAUUAAAGUGUUACUCAGCAUAUAAACACCACACACGAGAAAUACAAAAGUAAAAACCCGAAAUAAAAGAAAGAAUAAAAUAAAAACAAGAAAAUUCAUCAAGAGAAAACAAACUCGCUAAAGAAAGAUAGUGAGAAAAUUUUACUAAAUGAAAACUACAAACUUACAUGUAUUCUGUAUACCUAUUAACUUUUGGCAAAAGAAAGAAUUACCUAUUACUUUUGAAAUCCUAAAUAAUUCAUUGGCUUUUUAAAAAGCAAAAACAAUACCUAUUUUAUGUGCAAAAAUAAUAAAAGCAAACAACGCAAUAACACAAACAACAAUACAUAUUUUCAAACCAAACCAAGUGUUUUAUUGUUGUUAUGGCAUCAACAACACAUCUCCUUACUAACACAUAACCUCAAAAUUUUAUAUUUUUUUUUUACUAUUGCAUUAACACACUAACUCACGCAACCAAUACGUCGUACAUUCACAUACAUACAUAUAGGUAUGUGAAUUUUUGAACUUUUCAAUACGAACCGGGCAAUUAUAAAAAGGCAUAUUUGAAAUUUUGGAAACUCAAAGAUUCGAGAUUUCUGCGGAGGUGGAGUGCAAUAUUUUUUGACAACUAUUAUUAUGAAAAUGACAACAUUAUCAAGACGUUCAUCAGGUGCAAAUUCGAAUGGGUCGACAGAUCCAGUGCUAUCACCCAAUAAAAAGCCUAAAAGACGCAAUGAACGUAAUAUUCUUACAUUUUAUGAAAAAAUCGCCGUUAUACGUUAUUACGAUGAGACCAAUAUAUCACGCAAUAGUUUAGCUAAAAUGUUUCAUUGUUGUGCUACUCAAAUUCGUCGCAUAUUGGAGCGUAAGCAGGAACUUUUACAACAGCUAGCCACUCUGAGUGAGGCAGAUGCCUCAAUUAUAAUCGAAGAGAUGACACGCAAGAGACGUAAGUUUGAAAUGAGCGCCAUUAGUUUCAUACUGCAUCAGUGGGUGGAGAGAUGUCGUCAAAUGCGUCUGCGCAAAAGUAUUACAAAUGAAACACUUAAAGAGACGGCCGUUAAAAUGGCUGCUAUACUUAAUCUGCCCGCUUUUCGUCCUUCGUAUCGUUGGCUGAAUCGUUUUCGCGGUAAAUACAAGUACAACGAUGAAGAUUUAGGUUCGGGCCAGGGACCAAAUACCAUUGAGGGUGAAUUGGCAGUUGAGGAUAUUAUCAUUGAAUUUAAGGACUCCCUGCCAAGUUUUAUGCAAAAGGAAAUUUCUGCAAUUACUUCGUCGGCUAAGGUUGAUGAUAAUACCGCAACAGCAAUUGUAAGUGAAGUGAAACGAACCGAAGUUCCGGUCAUCAUAAACGAUGACAAUAGCAAUGAUGAUUUUGAAAUAUCCGAUGAUGAUGACAACGAUGAUGACGACAUGAAUGACAGCAAAGAGAAUACAAAGAGUCCGGCUAACAACGAAGACGAUGAUGUUCAAGUGAUCGAAAUUAAAACUAAAGAAACAAUUCUACCAAUACCUGUAAAACCCUCUCCGAUGACAGAGGAUUUAAAAAAAACUGAUCUCGCAGUUCCGCAAGACUAUCGUAUGAAUGCUGGUUCGGCUGCCUUGCUACACAGCAUCUUUCCACAUCUGGCCGUUAUACACCAAUUUGCCUUACUUAAUUCGGAUGUGAAAGCUUUGGAAUUAAUCUCCCAACUUGGAGUUCAUAUGAAAACUCAAGCAGACGAAGGUGCCUAUAAACAAUUGUCGCUGGCGACAUCGGUUACCAAUGAUGUGAACGCGUCAGAUUUUGACCCAAAUAAUGAUAAUAUAUAUCCGGAUAUUGAUGAUAUCGUUUUGAUUGAAUAACCAUGUAUGUACAUACAAUAUGUACUUUAAAUUGAAUUUUUGUUUUAUCAAUUAAAGCAAAUGUACUUAAAGCGUUCUCAUAUAAAUAUCUACAAUGUAUUUAUGUAUGUAUUUAAAUAGUUUUAAGUAAUUUUUAGAUGUAUUUAUGAAUUCAAUUUUUUGUUUUAAUAUUUAUCUUUUAAAUUCAUCAGUAUAUUAUUGAAAUGAAUUUAAUAAUAAUUAAAAAAGGAUAAUAAAUGUAAUUUACAUCCAA